AUGGCGGCUGUGUUGCUGUCAAAUGGCAGAUUAGAUAAAAUUUUGCGAUUUAAUUUAAAAAUAAGAAAAGAUUUUCAUAUUAAACCGUUAGAGUUAAGUGAACUUCAUUUAAGUCGUUGUUGCAUACAGUGUGCGACGAGUGGUUUCAGGUAUUAUUCGUCUUCGCCUCCAAGUAACACUCCUCCGAUCAAUGGACGAGAUAGCGCCAAAAAUGUGUUGGCAGCUGUUUUGGCGAAUAAACCCAAGUCUGGAAAAAUACCAGUCGGUAUCCAAAAGAGAGACUGCUUUCAUCCAGGUGCAUCUGUUUUGGCUCGUGAAGAUAUCAACUUGGGAGAUGCCAAGCCUGUCUCCGGGAUGGACAUGGUGCGGGGGAUGAUGGAGUAUGUUUGGCCAAAGGAUAAUGAAAUGAUUCGUAAGCGAGUAAUAUUAUCUCUGACCCUGCUCUUUGGUGCGAAAUUAGUCAAUGUCUCCGUGCCAUUCUUGUUUAAAUAUGCAGUGGAUGAGGUGAAUAAGUUAGGCGGCAGUGAGGCAUUGCUCGGUCUGGAGACAGUGCCACAAGCCAUCGGGACAACUGCAUUCAGUUUGCUUAUUGGAUAUGGCCUAGCGCGAGCGACGGCGGCAGGCUUCAAUGAGCUUCGCAACGCGGUGUUUGCGCGUGUCGCGCAACACUCGAUCCGACGACUCGCGUGCAACGUGUUCUCGCACCUGCACAGCCUCGACCUUGGCUUCCACCUGUCGCGGCAGACGGGCGCCUUAUCGAAGACCAUCGACCGGGGCUCGCGGGCGAUCAACUUCGUGCUGUCUGCGAUGGUUUUCAACAUCGUGCCUACGGCGUUCGAGUUGGCGCUCGUCUCGUCGAUCCUCGGGCUGAAGGGAGGGCUCACCUUCGCGGGCGUCGCGCUUAGCUGCGUCGGCGUCUACGCGGCGUUCACGUUCGCGGUGACGCAGUGGCGGACGCGCUUCCGCGUGCACAUGAACCGCGCCGAGAACGAGGCGAGCAACAAAGCGAUCGACUCACUCAUCAACUACGAGACCGUCAAGUACUUCGGCAACGAGGGCUACGAGUUGCGCAAGUACGACACGAGUCUGCAGAAGUAUGAGAGCGCUUCGCUCAAGACCGCCUCGAGUCUUGCGCUGCUCAACUUCGGACAGCACGCCAUCUUCAGCGCCGGUCUGAGCGUCAUCAUGCUGUGCGCCGCGACCGAGAUCGCCCGUGGCAACAUGACAGUGGGCGAUUUGGUCAUGGUCAACGGGCUCGUCUUCCAGUUGUCGAUCCCGCUCGGCUUCCUAGGCUCCGUGUACCGCGAGGUGCGGCAGGCGCUCGUCGACAUGCAAACUAUGUUUACGCUCAUGACGGUGCGACCGCGAGUGCGCGAGGCGGAAAGGGCGACGCCGCUGGCGCUCAACCCCGAAGCUCCGGCAAUCGAGUUUCGCAACGUGAGCUUCAAGUACGUGCACGGGAAGCCGGUCCUCAACGAUCUGUCGCUGGUGGUGCCGUCCGGUAAAAAGAUCGGCAUCGUCGGAGGAUCGGGUAGCGGCAAAUCGACGAUCGUGCGGCUGCUGUUCCGCUUCUUCGAACCGCAGGGCGGGCGCAUCCUGGUUGGAGGACACGACGUUCGCGACGUACAGUUGGCGUCGCUGCGGCGCGCUGUCGCCGUCGUGCCGCAGGACUGCGUGCUCUUUCACGAUACGAUUUUUCACAACCUGCAGUACGGAGAUCUGAGCGCCCCGCACGAGGCGGUCCUGCGCGCGAGUCGGCUGGCCGAGUUGCACGAGGCGGUCGAGCGCUGGCCCAAAGGCUACGACACGCAAGUGGGUGAGCGCGGCCUGAAGCUGUCGGGCGGUGAGAAGCAGCGCGUGGCGAUCGCUAGAGCCAUCCUCAAGGACUCCCCAAUCAUCGUGUUCGACGAGGCCACCUCGAGCCUCGACUCGCUCACCGAGCACGCCAUUCUGCAAGCGCUGCGCGCCGCCACGACCGGGCGUACCUCGGUGUGCAUCGCGCACCGUCUCAGCACGGUGGCCGAUGCUGACGAGAUCGUAGUGCUGGAAGGGGGUUCCGUGGCCGCCAGAGGCACGCAUCGCCAGCUGCUCGGCGACCCCGCCUCGCUCUACGCGCGCCUCUGGGCGCAGCAGAACCAAGACCCGGACCGAGUCGCGUGA